AUGGCUACCCCUAGUGUCCUAGCGUUUGACGCUGAGGGUCGCGCCAUUGAUUUUGAGGUCUGGUUAGACGACCUGCAGCUGUUCUUACAGUGCGACAGGGCUGACAGCCUUUCUCUCUUUGACCUCACCUCUGGCGCCUCUCCUGCUCCUGCUGCUGAUGCUGAUCCCACUGUCCGCUCUCAGUGGGCCACCCGCGAUGCUGCUGCACGUCUUGCUGUGCGUCGCCACCUCCCUACCUCUGAGCGUGCGCACUUUAGUCAGUACAAGAGUGCUCAGACCUUGUACGACGCUGUAGUUGCGCGCUACUCUUCCCCUGCCACUGCUGCACUGAGCCGUCUCAUGCUUCCCUACCUCUUUCCUGACCUCUCUGCCUUUCCCACUGUCGCUGACCUCAUUACGCACCUCCGCACUAGCGACACUCGCUACCGCGCCGCCCUUCCUGCUGAGUUCUGCGCUAAGAACCCACCCCCCAUGUACAUCGCUCUCUACUACGUAGUUGCGCGCCUCCCUGACUCCCUUCGCGUCGUCAGGGACCACUUUCUCGCAGUCUGUCCCACCACCCUCACCGUCGACCUCCUCGAGAAGGCCCUCCUCGCAGCGGAGAAGAGCAUAGUCCCUGUAGGUGCUUCUCGUGGUGACCCUCGCACCCCCAUCUUUGAGGGGUGCUCUCCUUCCCCCUUGCUCCCUUCUGUUGCCUCUGCUGCUGCUGCCGACCUGCUUGGUCUUGAGUCGGUCGGCGCGGCAUCUGCCCCCAGUGGGAGACGUCGCUCCAGCAAGGGCAAGGGGGACAAGGGUGCGGGUGGAGCUGGAGGGGGCGGUGGCGGUGGUGGCGGCGGAGGGAGUGGGGGUGGCGGCGGGACUAGUGGCGGGGGUGGUGGUGGUGGUGGCAGCAGCGGCGGAGACGGUGGUGGUGGUGCCAGCGGUGGUGGUGGAGGCAGCGGCGGAGGUGGAGGCGGCGGAGGUGGAGGCGGUGGAGGCGGCAGCGGAGGAGGCGGUGGUGGUGGAGGAGGUGGAGCUGGUCGGGGUGGUACCCAGCAGCGUAGCGGCGGUGGUAGUGGCCAGCGCUCGCAGCGGCAGCAGCAGCAGCGCUCGCGGGACAUCCCUCCGCCUCAGCAGCUUUGUGAGUGGUACGCUGCGCGUCAGAGGGGUGGGGGUACUGGUCCCUGCACCUACGUUCUUCGUUCCGGCGACCGCGCGGGUGAGCAUUGUGGGGGUGCCCACGCCGCCCAGCGCUGCUUUGGCCGCCUGACCGACGCUUGGCGUCAGCAGUUCCCUGGGGCUAGUGAGAUCCCUCGCUGGGAUGAGCUUCUUAGGGCUGGUGUAGCGAUCUUUGAUCUUGAUUUUGAUGCUAUCCUUGCUGCUAUGUAUGCUGUGACUUAUAGUGAGGAGAAUGAGGGUUACCGGUGUUUCCAGCCCGACCCGGGCAUUGAUACUGCUGCGCUAGGUGCUUAUGAGGCUGCUGCUCUGGGUGCCAGUGCCUCUGCGCUCUCAGGUACUGGUGAGACUGCGCUCUCAGGCACCCUGUCUGGUCUGUACCUUCCCUUGUUCUCUACGAACUUGGUGAGUGGCGCGGACCUGCAGGAUGUGGGGGUUCACCAGUUCACUCCUGCGAGUCAGCGGGUGACCCACUGCACGGAGGCACGCACAGGCCGACACCUGGCCACGUUCUCGCGUCGGCCGGGGUCGAGUCUCUACACCCUUACCGUUGAGUCUCCUCCUGUCCCUGCGUCUGGUCAGGUGGCUGCGUCAGGUCAGGUGCUUGCUGCUGCGUCCCGGUCAGGUCCUGAGUCUGCCCCCUGUUCUUGUUGCCUCCUGUCUCACGAGACUCUCCUGUGGCACCACCGUCUUGGCCACCCCUCCUUGCCCCGUCUUCGGAGCAUGGCUUCCCGUGUCCUUGUCUCUGGUCUUCCCCAGUCUCUCCCUCCUCUCCCCUCCGAGCCAGGACCUUCCUGUGUCCCCUGUGUUGAGGGUCGCCUCCGGGCUACUCCUCACUCCUCCCACUUCCCCCCGACAGAGGCUCCUCUGCAGACGCUUCACAUGGAUGUGUGGGGCCCAGCCCCCGUCCGUGGGCAGGGUCACGAGCGCUACUUCCUGUUGGUGGUUGACGACUACUCGCGUUACACCACAGUCCUCCCCUUGCGUAGCAAGGGUGCGGUCACUGAGGUGCUGAUCGACUGGAUCCGCGAGGCUCGUCUCCAGCUCAGGAAGAGCUUCGGCUCGGACUUUCCUGUUCUGCGUCUGCACUCGGACAGAGGCGGAGAGUUCUCUUCUCGCCUUCUGCGAGACUACUGUCGUGCACGGGGGAUCUGCCAGACCUUCACGCUUCCGGACUCACCACAGCAAAAUGGGAUUGCUGAGCGCCGCAUUGGCAUGGUCAUGGAUGUCGCUCGUACGUCCAUGAUACAUGCGGCUGCCCCCCAUUUUCUGUGGCCGUUUGCGGUGAGGUACGCGGCGCAUCAGCUCAACCUUCACCCCCGGGUCUCUCGGCCUGCGAUGUCCCGAGCCUUGCUGUGGACGGGGAAGGUUGGCGAUGCGUCUGUGUUCCGUGUCUGGGGAUCUCGGGCGUUUGUCCGCGACUUGUCUGCGGACAAGCUGUCCCCUCGUGCUACUCCCUGUGUCUUCCUUGGCUUCCCCACUGACGCCCCAGGGUGGCAGUUUUACCACCCCUCCUCUCGUCGUGUUCUGUCCUCCCAGGACGUCACGUUCGACAAGUCAGUCCCCUUCUACCGUCUCUUCCCCUACCGCACUCCUUCCCUCCCCCCUCCCCCGGACUUCCUUGUGCCGGUUCCCCCCCCGGUAGACCCCCUCCCCCCUCAGGUUCCUGCCCCCUCAGGUGUGUCCCAGGUAGACGCCGCUGACCCGGUCGAGGUUACUGGUGACUCUGGUGCUGCUGCGGGUGCUGAGCCUGGGGGUGCUGACUCUGGGGGUGCUGUGCGCGGGGGUGCUGAGCCUGGGGGUGCUACUGCUGGGGGUGCUGGGCCUGAGGGUGCUACUGCGGAAGGUGCGGAGCCUGGGGGUGCUGAGCCGGGGGGUGCUGUGCCUGGAGGUGCUGGGUCUGGGGGUGCUGGGUCGCGAGCUGCUGAGCCUGGGGGUGCUGAGCUGAGAGCUGCUGAGCCAAGGGGUGCUGCGUCUGGAGCUGCUGAGCCUGGGGUUUCUCCUGCUGCUGCGUCUCGCCGGGAGCCCCUCUCUCCACAGGAGCUGCGCGAGUGGUUCGCUCGCCGCUGGAGGCGUGCUGCUGAGUCUGGAGGUGCAGCUGGAGCUGGAGCUGGAGCUUCUUCGACCGUCGAGGGUGCGGGUGCUGCUGGUCCCGGAGCUGCUGGACCUACUGGUCCUCCUGGAGCUGGAGCUGCUGAGGGCGUUGGUGCUGAGCCUACUGCUGUUGGUCCUGCCGCUGGAGGUGUGGGUGGCGCUGGUGCUGUCGCUGAGGGUGCUGGUGCUGUCCCUGCUGAGUCUCGAGCUGCCGCGCAGCCUCGGCCGUACUUCGUUCCGCUCCUGCAGCAGGUCCUUGGUCUUUCUCCUCCAGUAGAGGGUCCACCGCCUGUCCAGUCGCAGUCCCUGCUGGAGCCUUCCUCUCCACUGCCUGCUCCCUCUCCUUACACUGGUCCUACUGGAGGUCUUGCUGAGCGUCGUGAGCCUGCGUCUCGUCCCGCGUCGCCUGUUUGUGCUGCUCGCGCUAGUGGUCGCAGCUCGCGUCAGCGUCCUCCUCCUGUCCCUGGCACGCACCGGAUGUCUUUGCGUCCGUCCACUGCUCCUCUGCGUGCCCCUUUGCCUUCUCCUCCUGAGUCUUCUCUUCCUGCGCUUGCCGACCCUGAGUCGGACUCUCUUCGUGCUGCCAGUCCUACUGUUAUGCGUCUGCUUGCUACUGUUGUCACUGACCCCUCUUUUGAUUCCACUGCUGCGUCUGCUCUAGUCGCAGAGCUCGUCGACUUUGCUGCUCGCUGUCGCCUCGACUACGCUGCUAGUCUUGUUGCUGAGUCUGCGUCUGUCUGUCCUCCGUCCGUCGGGGGUGAGUGUGCUCUUGGCACGGACGUCCUAGAGGACAGGCAGGAGGAGUUACAGUGUCUAGCGGCUGCUUCACCUCAUCUCGCGGCUGUACUUCUUGCCCCUGAGGGAGACCCGGAUGCACUAGACAUCCCGACUCCGCGUUCUUACGCGGAGGCCGUAGAGGGUCCCUACUCCUCUCAGUGGCAGGCAGCUAUGGAUACAGAGAUGGCUUCCUGGAAGUCCACAGGCACCUACGUUGACGCGGUUCCCCCUCCUGGGGCGAACAUCGUCAGUGGCAUGUGGAUCUUCAGGGUGAAGCGGCCGCCGGGCUCUCCACCUGUCUUCAAGGCACGGUACGUCGCUCGUGGCUUCAGUCAGCGGCAAGGAGUUGACUUCUUUCAGACCUUCUCUCCCACCCCGAAGAUGACUACUCUUCGGGUGCUGCUGCACAUAGCCGCUCAGUGCGACUACGAGCUUCACUCUCUCGACUUCAGCACUGCGUUCUUGCAGGGUAGCCUGCACGAGGAGAUCUGGCUUCGCCGUCCACCUGUCUUCACUGGGACUUUCCCUCCUGGCACCCAGUGGAGCCUUCGACGGCCAGUCUACGGUCUCCGCCAGGCACCGCGUGAGUGGCACGACACACUGAGGACUACGCUUGCGGCCCUUGGGUUUGCUCCUUCUACUGCUGACCCGUCGCUGUUUCUUCGCACCGACACUUCCCUGCCGCCGUUCUACAUCCUCGUGUACGUCGACGACUUGGUCUUUGCCACAGCGGACACUGCUGGACUCGCCUACGUAAAGUCCGAGCUGCUGAAGAGACACACGUGCACAGACCUGGGUGAACUGCGCAGCUACCUUGGCUUGCAGAUCACUCGGGACAGAGCACGCCGCACCAUUACCUUGACUCAGUCACACAUGGUGCAGCAGGUCCUUCAGCGCUUCGGCUUCACGUACUCCUCGCCUCAGGCCACUCCUCUGCCUACUCGCCACUCACUCUCAGCUCUGCCUUCGGAUGAGUCCGUAGAGUCGAGUGGUCCGUAUGCAGAGCUUGUUGGCUGCCUCAUGUACCUGAUGACCUGCACACGACCUGACCUUGCAUACCCUCUGAGCAUUCUUGCACGCUAUGUUGCUCCUGGGAGACACAGACCAGAGCACAUGGCUGCAGCGAAGAGGGUAUUGCGCUACCUGUGCAGUACGUCGGGCAUGGGGCUAGUGCUUGGAGGGCGGAGUCCAGUGGUCCUUACCGGCCACGCGGACGCUUCUUGGGCUGACGACCAGGCUACGCAGCGGUCGUCACAGGGUUACACCUUCAGCCUUGGUUCCGGGUCUGUCUCGUGGCGGUCUACUCGCUCGUCUUCAGUUCUCGGCUCCAGUUGUGAGGCUGAGAUCUACGCCGGGGCCAUGGCUGCACAGGAGCUUCGCUGGCUCACCUACCUGCUGACUGACCUUGGAGAGCCGCCUAGUUCUCCUCCAGUGCUGUACGUAGACAACAAGGCCAUGCUGGCCUUGUGUCGAGAGCAGCGUUUGGAGCACAGAACGAAGCACAUUGCUCUCCGCUACUUCCUUGCUCGUGAGCUGCAGCAGCGUGGUCAGUUGCGACUUGCGUACGUGGCCUCUGAGGCCAACACUGCUGAUGUGUUCACCAAGGCACUCGCGCCUUGUGACCAUCAGCGCUUUUGCACCCAGCUGGGUCUUGUGCCUGUCUUGCCUCACUUGCUCUCCUCUUGA